CACAAUGUAGAGAAGAGGGUCAAGGCAAUGGUGGUGCAAAAAUGAAAUAUGUCACAGGAGGCAUUUAUUGUGUUAGCAAGGGAGGAGUAUAUCCUCUACCUAAAUGUGGUCUAGAUAUAAAAAUUUGGAAAUAUGUUCUUAUGUAG